AUGAACCACUACACGACGCUUGCCGCGGCUGCUGAAGAGGAGGAGGACGUGGGCACGUCGUGUUCCAUCUGCUUUCUCGCCUUCAGCGAGAGCGAGGCCGACCGCGUGCCGCGUCUGCUCAAGUGCGGCCACUCCUUUUGCACCGCGUUCCUCACACACCUCCUUGAUGCCUCCACCCCCGCCCCCGCCCCCACCAACCCCGAACCGAAGGAGCCACGAGCCACGAGUCUGCGGUGCCCCAAGUGCCGCACGAUGACGCGUGUUCUUCUGGUCGACGGCGAGGCGGCGGGCGUGAAGGGCCUGCCACGCAACUUUGACCUCAUCGAUCUCCUCUACUCCUCGGCGGCUCUGAGGCAGCCGCGGCCGACUGGAAAGGCCUCGGCGCUCAAGUGCGCCAACUGCAGCCAACCGGCGGAGAAGUUCUGCGAGCAGUGUGGCGGCGCCCACCUGUGCGUGUCGUGCGAUCACCAGAUCCACGCGUUCCCUGCGCUGCGGAGCCACACGCGUGUGGCGUCAACCCACGCGCCCGAGCCGCGCCCCGCAUGCGAGCACCACCAGGCCAAGAAGGUGGAGAUGUGGUGCGAGCGCGACGGCGUGGCCGUGUGCGUGGUGUGCCUCUUGGCCGGACCGCACAAGGGCCACGACGCCGUCACCAUCGAGGCGGCCGAGGAGCGAGUGCGCGAGGCCGCGCGAGUCGAGCUGGCCCAGGUCGAGGCCGCCAUGGGCGAGGUCGAGGCCGCCAUGGAGGGCCAGGCGGCGCGCGAGGCCGGCGAACAGGAGAGCGUGCGCGAGGCGCGUGCGGCCAUCGAGCAGCACUUUGACCAGAUGCGCGAGGCCGUGGCGCAGCGCGAGAGGGCGCUCGGCGCCGAGGUGGACGAGUGGGAGCGCGCGAGGGCAGAAGUGGCGGCCGAGCGGCGGGUCGAGCUGGCAGAGGCCCAGACGCGACUGGCGGCAGCCGGGAAGGCCCUCCAGCAGCAGCAGCAGCAGCGCGGCGGGCUCGGUCGGUCAGCCACUUGGGGCGAUUCGGCGGCAGCCUGCCAGGCGGCGAGGACUGCGGCGGCGGUGAGUGGAACGCAGGCGAGCAGCAGCAGCAUCGCAUUCGCAAGCGAAGACACGUGGGUCCAGGUGGUGUGCUCCUCGGGUCGCCUGGAGCGGCCCAUGGCUGCCGCCGCUGCCCGUGGUGUUCUGCUGGACGACACUGCCGGCAUGCCAGGGACCCAGCGCACUCUCGGUUCGGGUGAUCAGUUGGGAAGCCCAUGUGGCGUGGCGGUCGACGUGGCGGCGGGCCACAUCGUCGUGGCCGACUGCGGCAGUCGACAGGUGCACCUGCGCCGCGCCGACGACGGGUCGUGCGUUCGCACCUUGGAAGCCCCCGGUUCGGCCCAGCUACGGUGGCCCUGGGGCGUGGCGGUCGACGCGGCGGAGGGCCACAUCGUCGUGACCGACCACGGCAACCACCGGGUGCACGUGUGGCGCGCCGGUGACGGGACCUUCGUGCGCACCUUCGGCUCUCGCGGUUCCGGCCCCGCCCAGUUCCAAUGCCCGCGCGGCGUGGCGGUCGACGAGGCGGCGGGCCACAUCUUCGUGGCCGACCACUUCAACCAUCGGGUGCAGGUGUGGCACGCCACCGACGGGUCCUUCCUUGGCUCGUUCGGCUCCGAGGGUGUUGGCCCCGGCCAGUUUCAACAGCCCACGGGCGUCGCGGUCGACGCAGCGACGGGCAACGUCAUCGUGGCCGACUCGGGCAACCAUCGGGUGCAGGUGUGGCGCGCCGGUGACGGGUCCUUCGUGCGCACCUUCGGCUCCCGCGGUCGUGGCCGUGGUCAGUUCAUGUGCCCCGAGGGCGUGGCGGUCGACGCGGCGACGGGCAACAUCAUCGUGGCCGAUUGGGGCAACCACCGGGUGCAGGUGUGGCGCGCCGACGGGGCCUACCUGCGCGCCUUCGGCUCUGCGGGUGCCGGCCCCGCCCAGUUCAACUCCCCUCUGGCUGUAGCGGUCGACCCAGCGACGGGCCACGUCGUGGUGGUCGACAGCGGCAACAAACGGGUUCAGGUGUGGUGUCAAUAA